ACAUGUAAUAAAUGUUUUAUUUCGAAACAAAGGAUUAAUACUAAAUUGAUAAGUAAUCCAAUUGAUAUAUAAUUUUGGAUCAAUAUUCACUAAAUUAAAUUUGAUUGACGAUUCUUUUUGAAAAAUGUUUGAAGAAAUUAUUGAUACAGCGCGUACACUGAACACACUCAAUUUGACAGUUAAGAUUUUGGUGCCGGUGAUUUGCAAUAUUUGUGUGCCCUUAGUUUUUUUUAUGGUCGGUACUAUUAUUUGUUUACGUGUAUUAUUGCGUCGAUAAAAAGUUCUAAGCUGCAUAGAGUGACGUGGAUAAUUUCACGAAAAUCAUUUCCAAAUUCUGAAUAUUUAGAAACUCAAAUUUGACAACAACAAAAGUGCAAUGUCCCAACAAAGCGAUAAAAUUCUUGUACGUGUCCAAUCUGCUGAAGGAAUUAAACGUAUUGAAGUAUCUCCAAAUUCAAAUAUCAGGGAAUUCUUUGAUAUUAUACAGAAGAAACUUAAAGUUGAUGGAUUUGGUAUAUUUAGAGAACGAAAUUUUAUUACUGAGUUGCAUAUAAAUACACCACAGAAGGUUGGGGCAAUUCUCAAACAUGGCGAUAUGGUUUACUUAAAACAAAUGGCUGGCAACUCCAUGAGGAGAACUAGUACAGUUGCUAUUGACGAUUUUGAAACCUCAACAGCUGAUGAUGUGCCGACAACAAGUGCUAAAGAAUUUAGACCAUCAGUAAAUAUUACUGAAGAUGAGGUCGAUCUAUUGUUAGCAAAAAUGGAUGGUCUUAUUCAACGUGAGCGGGAUAGCAAAUUAUGCCAUCAUAAUGCUAAUGGUCGUUGCUUACAUUGUUCUCCUCUGGAACCAUAUGAUGAAACCUAUUUAAAAGAUCAUAAAAUUAAGCAUCUUUCAUUUAACUCAUAUAUACGUAAACAAAAAUCUGGUAUUGAUGGUAAAUAUGUAGCGAUGGAUGAUAUUAAUUGUCGCAUUAAACCUGGCUGUCGUGAACAUCCACCAUGGCCAAAGGGAAUCUGCUCCAAAUGUCAGCCGUCAGCUAUAACUUUAAAUCGUCAAGUUUAUAGACACGUUGACAAUGUUAUGUUUGAAAAUACAACAAUAGUGGAGCGUUUUUUGAAUUACUGGCGUGCAACAGGUCAUCAACGCUUGGGGUAUCUAUAUGGUACAUACGAGGUACAUACCGAUGUACCAUUAGGCAUACGCGCUAAAGUUGCAGCUAUUUAUGAACCACCACAAGAAUCAACUAAAGAUUCUAUUAAAGUACUACACGACGAAGGUGCUAAAGAUGUUGAGGAAGUGGCUGCAGCGUUAGGUUUAAAGAAGAUUGGAUGGAUAUUUACUGAUCUUAUUACUGAAGACAGUGCAAACGGUACUGUUAAACAAUUGCGUGGCAUUGAGACUCAUUUCCUAACAGCUCAAGAAUGUAUAACUGCUGGUGAACUUCAAAAUCGUCAUCCAAAUCCUUGCAAAUAUUCUUCAAGUGGUUAUUUUGGUUCAAAAUUUGUUACAGUUUGUGUUACAGGAGAUAAAACUAAACAAGUGCAUAUGGAAGGAUAUGCAGUUUCUGCACAAUGUAUGGCUUUAGUGCGCGAUAAUUGCUUAAUACCAACUAAGGAUGCUCCUGAACUUGGCUAUGUUCGUGAAUCAUCAGAUAAACAAUAUGUACCGGAUGUAUACUAUAAGGAAAAGGAUCAGUAUGGUAAUGAGGUGCAACGUCUUGCACGUCCACUUCCUGUUGAAUAUCUAUUAGUAGAUGUUCCUGCGUCCACUCCACUUCAACAACAAUACACCUUUACUCAAUAUGAUAAACGUGAACCAUUCCCAGUUGAAAAUCGUUAUUUAGAUGGACAUUUGCAAGAUUUUAAUGCGCUAAGCACAUAUUUAUCGCGUUGGUCAGAUGAAGAGUUCCUAGAGGCAGUAUCUGAUUUUCAUUUACUUGUAUAUUUAUAUAAAAUGGAUGUGCUACCAAUACAUGAUCACAUGAGUGAUUUGUUUGAUGCAGUGCGUUCGAAAAAUCCUAAUUUAGCACAGACUUUUAAGCAGCAAGAAGUUUGGAAAUUGUUGGAAUCAUUGAUACAUGCUAGUUCAUCUGGCAGCGGAGGUACCACAAGUUAUCCCUCAAGGCAAUCAACUGCUACACAAAGAGGUGCACAAGCUAGUGGUAAUGGUAGCGCUAAUUCCUUAAAUUCAGCUGAUGGUGGACAAUGGACUUGUAAUCAUUGUACUUUCAUAAAUGGUCCCGAAUUAAGUUUUUGUGAAAUUUGUUCUCUUCCAAAAGACGAUAAGGACAAUUAAAAAGCUUAAAGGUUAUAAAAAAAGCUCAAUCAUUCAGCAAAUUGUUUAUUUGUUGUUAAGAAUGGCUCACUGUCCACUGUAAAAAGAAGACAAAUAUUAUUAAUUUAAAACAAAAUUUCAUAAUUGUCUAUUAUAAAUUGAUCAAACAAAAAAUUCAAA